CACUGGCUGCUGAGCAGGAACCUGCAGACUCUGUGCACCAUUGACAAGAUGCUCCAACCUCACCUGCUGCAGAAAGAGGUGGGCCUGAGCACCUGUGAUCAACAUGGAGAACAAGAGAUGUUCUUCUGUGAGGAAGACCAGAGGCCCCUCUGUGAUUCCUGCUUAUCAGCCCCAGAGCACAAGGACCACCAAGUCCUUCCCUUGGAGACAGCUGCUGACAAGUGCAAGAAGAAGCUCCGUGAGAUAUGGAGGAUCUUACAGAAAAAAGAAGAGAAAUUUCAAACUGCACUGGACACCUUGAGAAGAAGACAGGAUCAAUUCACAGAGCGCACCUACAUUUUGAGAGAGUCAGCUAUUUCUGAAUAUGGGAAAAUUCACCGAUUCUUAAUGGAUGAAGAAUAUCAACGCCUGGAAAGGCUGGGGCAGCAAUCCAGAGACAAUGUGGCCAAAAUGGAGGAGAAGGAGCAUGAACUGACCCAACAAAUCCAGAAUGUACGACAAAUGGUAUUCCAAGUAGAAGAGAAUUUGGACAUGAUGCCCUUGGAAAUGAUCCAGGCUGUGCCAGACACUUUGAAAAAAAAGGAAGAACUUGUACUCCAAAGACCAGCACUUCCUUCCACUUCCUGGCCUACCUGCCCUGUCACAGGCAUGAGAAAUGCUCAGGAGUUUCUUCAGGGAUAUAACUCUUGA